AUGGACAUUGUUUGGAAGCUUUUCAAGGACCUUCCACCUGACUAUACAUUACCUCCAGUCCCUACACUGAAUGCCCUCUCGAACGCCCUCUUUCCUUGCUAUCCCAUCUAUUGGCUCAGCAGAGACCACGGUAUGACCGAGCUAUCCAAGAAAAGCGCGAAGGAGUUUGCAACAUUCAUUCUCCCACUCUACUGUGGCCCGCACGUAAAAAUUCGGAUCGACUUCAGCGAUCACGAGUAUACAGUCUCUAAAGGUCUUCUCUGCGCCGAGUCGUCGUACUUCUCCGCAAUACUUGAGAAGCAGGAUCCCGGAUCUCAGCAGCAGACAGCGACUCUGAGCAAAGUGGAAGGCAUUGUCUCCAGACAAAGCGUCGAAGCCUUGAUCCAAUGGUUGUACCUUCGCAUGGUGAUAUUUGAUGUAGAAGACCCCGGAGAUCAGAUAUCAGCCGCCAUAGAGCUG